GUCCACUUUCCACGUCUGUCAAAGUAUUGGGUUUGCACGUGGCCUUGGGAACAGUUGAAAUCCCAAUCGCCACUAGCCGCAUAAAUUGCCCAAAUUAAACCCAACCGCCACUAAUCAGAUCUCAACUGCCCACUCAGCCCACUCAAAUUUUCGUCGUCUUCUUCAAGAACCCUCUGAUAGAAUUCUCAAGAACCCUAAAUUUCUUCAGAUCUUUCAGAUUUUCUCACUCAAAUCUCAGAGAAAAUGAAGAUUGUUGGCACAAAUGUCCAUUUCCAGAAGUUGGAAGCGAAGUGCUCUUCACCGGCGUUCUAUCAGACAUAUCUGGAGAUGAUUGCUGCUCAAGAACUCUCCGAAUUCCUUCAUAUGGAGAUUCACUCCAAAUAUGAAGAUGAAGUUCUAGAAUUCUAUAGGAAUGGAAAGAAGAAAUUGGAGAAGGAGCUUCAUCUUCCCAAUUCUGGAAGUGAAAUUGGGAGACUUUCAGCCAAGAAUCUGGAUUGGAAGACCAUUGGGAUUUCUGGGCAAAUCCCCUCUGGCCCAGCGAAGAAAGCAGACUUGAAGAACGACUACAAGUUGGAUCUAGAACUAGUCAUCGCAUGCCUUGAAUGUGGAAGCGGAGGACAUGCUGAUGACAUCACUCAAGAGAGGGCCUUCAUCAUCAAUGCCCUCAUUACCAAAACUAAGGUAAACUGGGCUAAAUAUUUCUUCAAUUCCAUUUCCAAGCAUUUAGGAAAGCCCAACCAGAAGUACCUGUGUCAAGGUCUGUACCUUGGGUACAUCUUGGAGACCAUGGGUGUUGCCUUAGAAGGCAAGAAAUAUGAAGCCAGAUAUUGGCUUUACUACCUAACUUCCAAAGGAGAAAACAAAGUCAGUUCAACCGCAGAAGAAAGUUCUUCAGACAAUGUCCUUAUCAUGAGUCUAAAGAAGUCAGUAAAGAGGAAGCAAGUGGUGUCUCCCUCUCCCAGUGCUGAAGCACCACAGAAUCUAGCAGUGGUGAAUUUGGAAGAAGAAGAAGAAGUUUCUGCCCAAGGGGAACUUCAAAGGAAGAAGAAAAGGAAAGUCACCUCCUCCUCUACAUCUGGAAGUGCCAACCCGGAUGAGUUGGUGGGAAAGGAACCAGUUGAGGAACACUCUGCACACAACCAGAACCCUCAACAACUUGAUAAAGAAAUUCCCCAAGUUCAAAGUUCACCAACUCCUUCACUACAAGCUCAAACUGAUGAUGCAGAGAGCCAAUUCAUGCAGCUCUAUUAUGACUGGAGAGCUUGGAAGGUUGGGAACUCAGCAGAGCAGUUGUUGGAAUGGGACCAACAAUUGAAAAAUGAAAAGAUUAUCAAGAGAUGCUUGGGUCUGCCAGUCAACUAUUGCUGUGAUCAAAUCCUGGAUGUUGACUGGGCCACAGAAGAUCAGAUGGUUAUCACCACUGAAGCACAAGCUGAUACGGAAGCAGCAGCAGAGGACUUCCAAGUCUUUCCGGAAACCUCCCCUGCUCUUGAGACUAUUCUGCCUGAAGCCGUCCAGGAGAAUGCAGUUUCUCCCCAACAAGAACAGCACCAGGAAGAUUUAGAGGAAGAACUUCUUCAACUUCUCCAAUCUCAAGUUCAAGAGAUUCUCACAACUCCUUGUGAGAUCUCCAAUCAGCCUGAACUUAAGACUCCGGAGAAGUCAACUGGAAAUCUGGAGAAGUCCACUUCUCCAGAAACAAAUGAAGCCCUUCAGGAAGUCCAAGCUGUAGAAGUUCAGAGGAGUUCUGCAGAAGCUGAGAAGGAAGCUCAAAUGGCUGGACUGGAGACCUCUGAAACUCCAGUUACUAUCUUUGAGCAGGAAAUUGGUGAUGAAGACAGAGAUUCUCUUUCAAGGGACAUCUCAAAAUUCAUGAAUGAGACAGAGGAAGAAUCGGAAAAGACGCUAAGGAUUGAUGAUGAAGGAGCUGAGCAAGGAGAUGCUGAAUCCCUCCCUCCGCAACUCUUCCACAGAGCACCUCCUUCUCAUCAGGUAACAAACUUCCAUUUUCACAGCUCUUCCACUUCUACUCUUCCGGAUGAGGUUCUGGAAACCUGGACAAGAAAGGUCCAAGGGUUGAUUGAAUCAGCCCUAGAAUCUCAGCAUGCCUCUUUUAGGCAAGAGAUAGAACAGAUGGAAGCUAGCCACAACAAGUUGAUGGAGAAAUCCGAAGAAAAACAUUGCUCAGAUCUCAGGGAGAUAAGCAAGUCGGUGGACAAGACUCUAGAGAUUAUUUCUCUAUUGAGUACAUCUGUGAGCAACACAAUGGAAGCUUAUGCAUCAGACUAUGGCAUCUUCAUUUCAAUGAAGUAUCUAGAAUCAAAGAGCAAAUAGCAACAGUUACAGUCAGCCUACAGAAGCAGAUGGCUUUUCUCCAGAUGGAUAUUAGGUCAGCCCUGGCAGUCUCUUCAGCAAAUCAGGUGGUAACCCAAGACUACUUGAAGGUUAUUGCUGAAAAUAAAAAGGAGGCAUUCAGGCUCUUUAGACAUUUUGGCACCUACACUGGCAAACACAAGCUAGAUGUAAUUGUCCAACACAAUAGUCCAUCCCUAAUCCCACAGCUUCCUAUUGAAGUCAAGAAAGGAGAACUCACAUA